CCCAGCCCACCCUUUGGCUUCCUCCUGCCUCCUUCUAAAACCUGCAGAUUCCUCCAGCCUGUCCAAGCGCCUGAAGUUUCCUCAGCCCUGCUGCCGGGACUGCGAGGGUUUGCUGAAAGAUGAGGGCCUGGAUUUUUUUCCUUCUCUGCCUGGCAGGCAAAGCCCUGGCAGCUCCGCAGGAGGCUCUGCCUGAUGAGACAGAGGUCAUUGAAGACCCCACCACAGAGGAGCCCGUGGGGGCUAACCCCGUCCAGGUGGAGGUGGGAGAGUUCGAGGAACCCACGGAAGAUGUAGAGGAGAUUGUCGCAGAGAAUCCCUGCCAGAACCACCACUGCAAGCACGGCAAGGUGUGCGAGGUGGAUGACAACAACUCGCCCAUGUGUGUGUGCCAGGACCCCUCCAGCUGCCCAGCCACCGCCGGCGUCUUCGAGAAGGUCUGCGGCACCGACAACAAGACCUAUGACUCCUCCUGCCACUUCUUCGCCACCAAGUGCACCUUGGAGGGAACCAAGAAGGGACACAAGCUACACCUGGACUACAUUGGGCCUUGCAAAUUCAUCCCCGCCUGCCUGGACACAGAGCUGACCGAGUUCCCCCUGCGCAUGCGGGACUGGCUCAAGAACGUGCUGAUCACCCUGUAUGAGCGCGAUGAGGACAACAACCUGCUGACUGAGAAGCAGAAGCUCAAGGUGAAGAAGAUCCAUGAGAACGAAAAGCGCCUGGAGGCUGGUGACCACACCGUGGAGCUGCUGGCCCGCGAUUUUGAGAAGAACUACAACAUGUACAUCUUCCCCGUGCACUGGCAGUUUGGGCAGCUGGACCAGCACCCCAUCGAUGGGUACCUGUCCCACACUGAGCUGGCCCCCCUCCGUGCCCCCCUCAUCCCCAUGGAGCACUGCACCACCCGCUUCUUCGAGGCUUGCGACUUGGACAACGACAAGUACAUCGCCCUGGAGGAGUGGGCCAGCUGCUUCGGCAUUAAGGAGCAGGACAUAGACAAGGAUCUUGUGAUCUAAACCCCCAGCUUCCUUUUCUGCUGCCAACUUUGUC